AUGGACACGUUUGCUGCUUCCAUAGACGACAUCCUGGAGGAGGAGGAGCACUUCGCCGACCAGAUCAAGGAGUACCUGUACUACGCAGAAGCUCUCAGGGCUGUUUGCAGGAAACAUGAACUGACUCAGUUUGAGCUGGAGCUGGUCACACAGGACCUUAUCUGUAAAAGACACCAGAGAGAAGAGCUCAGCGGCGGAAUGGUGCGGACCUUCUCCUUUAAAGGAGUCACCAACAAACUGUUUGGUGCAGAGGCCCCAGAGCAGAGAGGAGCCCGACUGAAGCUCCUGGAGGAGCAGAUCUCUGAGGGAGAGGAGGAGGUCCGGGAGAAGACCCUUGAGUGCAGGGACCAUGUGCAGCGGGGCCUCCUGGACCUCCAGCGCUUCAGAAAACAGAAGGACAAAGACCUGAAGGAGGCGCUGCUGAGUCUGGCUCUGAUGCAGGUCUCUAUGUGCAAGAAGGGAAUCCAAGUUUGGAGCAACACCAGAGACUGUUUCCUCAAGAUGUGA